CUGCAGGCCGGUGUGAAAAUAAGAACUAUCUUUGGGACAUCAUGGAUGACGACUUUGACCGCCGCAUGGAGCUCAGGAGGCAAAGGAGAGAGCAGAUGCGACUUGAAGCUGAAAAGCUUGGUUCCCCCAAUGAUGAUGAUGAAGAAGAAGUUCGAGAGCGACGGAGACGUGCAAGGGAGGAGAGGAAGAAAAUGAGAGACUUGGAGGAGUCUGGGACAACUGAUGUGAUCAGUACCAACAACGUGACCGAGGCCGACUCCUCCGCCACUUCUGCUGGGGGAGCGGACGACGACCAGGCUUUGCUCGAACGUCUGGCCAAGAGGGAGGAGCGCCGGCAGAGGAGAAUGAAGGAGGCGAUGGAGCGACAGAAGGAAACGGAGCCCGCUGUCAACUCCAGCAACGGCGCUGACAGCCCACACGAGGAGCAGCCCUCCAUCAGCAGCAGCAUUCAGCGGGAAACUGAAGAGGAGGAGGAGGAGGAGGAGAAGCCUGCUCAGGAGGAGGUUGAAGACACUGACACAAACUCCUGGAGGAAAGAAGAAGAUGAAAAAAAGGAGGAUGAGAAGGAGUCAGAAAAAUCUUCGACUGUGGUCAUGAUAAAUGAGGAAAUCGUUGAGAAGACGACAACAACAGCGGAGGUGGAGGCUGAGAAAACUUUGGAACAGGAGGAGGAUGACAAGGAAGCUGCUCCCGAUGAAGACCACGAAGAAGAAGAAAGAAAGAGAAGAGAGGAUGAAGAAAGACAGCAAAAAGAAAAGGAAGAAAAGUUACGGUUAGAAGAGGAAGAAAAGCAAAAAACAGAAAUGGAAAGGGAGGCAGAAGAAAUGCGGUUAAAAGAAGAGGAGGAGAGGAAGAGGAAGGAAGAAGAACAAAGAGAAACUGAAGAUAGGCUGAAAAGAGAGGAAGAAGAAAGACAAAGAAAAGAGAUGGCAGAAAGAGAAGAAGAGGAAAGGCAGAAAAGGGAGAUGGAGGAGAGGAGGAAGAGAAGCUAA